GAAUGGGCCCUCCGGAUCGCGUGGGCCCGCCGGAGCGCAUGGGCCCGCCGGAGCGCAUGGGCCCGCCGGAGCGCAUGGGUCCCCCGGAGCGCAUAGGCCCACCGGAGCGGCUGGGCCCACCGGAACGCAUGGGCCCACCGGAACGCAUAGGCCCGCCAGAGAGACUUGGCCCGCCCGAGAGAAUUGGCCCCCCGGAGAGGCUUGGCCCGCCUGACAGCCGCGAGCGGCUAGGCCCGCCGGACAGCCGCGAGCGGCUGGGGGCUCCGACGUCGGACCGACCGGCCGGCGAGCCGCAGAAGUCCUCCUCGGCGUCGAGCAGGUACCCGGCGGCGCCGGAGCCGGCGCUGUCCGGCUCGGCCGAGCCGCGCCCGCCCAGCUACCCGACGCAGCUGGGGCCGCGGCUCUCUGACGACGAGCUGCUGCGUGGCUCGCCGCGCGACCUGCUGGCCCGGUACCGGCACGCCGAGGCCGAGAUCGCCCGGCUCAUGAUGGAGCAUGGCCAUGCGCUGCGCGAGCUGCACCGUCAGAUCCAGGCGCAGGCGGUGGAGCAGCGCUCGGUGCAGCAGGUGCACCGGCGACUGCAGGACGAGAGCCAGGAGCUACGCGAUCUCUGCUGCUUCCUCGACGACGACCGCCAGAAAGGGCGAAAGCUGGCGCGCGAGUGGCAGCGGUUCGGUCGCUACACUGCCAGUGUCAUGCGCCAGGAAGUGUCCGCUUACCAGAGCAAGCUGCGCCAGCUGGACACCAAACAGCAAGAGCUGGUCAAGGACAACCUGGAGCUCAAGGAGCUGUGCCUCUACCUGGACGAGGAGCGGCAGGGCCACGGCUCGCUCUGCAGCAACUGCGGCGCGGCGCUAAACCAGCCGCGCGACGACGGCGACGGUAGCAGCAGCAGCACGGCCGCCGACGAGCCGGGCCUCUCGGCGCACGUGUACCUGCCGCCGCCCCCGGCGGCCGACAACGAGCGGCCGCGCCGCACUGAGAGCAGAGAGCGCCUGCUCGAGGAGAGCAUCCAGCGACAGCGCAGCCUGCUCAACGAGCAUAUCCUGCAGUACAUCCGCGGCCUGGAGCGUCGCCUGGAGGUGGCCGAGGAGGGCGGCGGCGGCGGCGGCGGUGACGGCGGACCCGUCAGCCGGCCCGACGCCGUCGUGCAGGCCAUGCGCGUGCUGGAGGUGCAGGAGCACCUCGAGUGGGAGUCGGCCUCGCUGGAGCGGCCGCCGCAGGAGCAGGAGGAGGGCACGCCGCGGAUGGAGGACCCCGAGAAGGCGCUCCUCCGUCAAAUGUGCAAUGUCGUGUGGAGGAAGCUGGAAGACGUCCCCAACUCGUGAUGAGGAAGCCACCACCCCUGUUGUUGGGGUCAACGCGCCUAAAUACGAGCCCCUGGUCCGAGACAGCCUGUUGCCAGCGGCCGCCUGCUAUCAGGCUGCAGUACGUGUAGUGGGCGCAAAAUGACCCCGGAAGUCGGCGCGCCCUAAAGCCCCAAUCAUCAUCACCAGGAGUUGGGUGCAUCACCGCCGGCGCGCCAAUGAUUGCGCUGAUUUAUCCGCACAAAUCUCCGUGAAUGGUGCAGUGUGAGCUGUGGCAGCUCGAGAGCGGCUGCUUAUGGUCCGUCCGCGACUACAUGCCGUCCGGUAUGGUGACUGUUAAUUAGUGUUGGUAUGCGCGAUGCCCAUCAGGCUCAUGCAAAUACGAGUGUUGGUAUUUGUGCAUGUUGAAUUUAGUGGUGCAACGCCACUGAGUAAUGCUGAUGAAGGCAGAAAAUUAGUACAAAUUAAUAUUUUACGUAAUGUCUGUGCAUUUGCUGUUGAAUGGAGGGCGUCCAGCGGGAUGAAUGGUGUGAAGAGCGUUUGGAUAUAAUUCGAAAGCGAUGGCGCAAACCGACGUGGAUUUUCAGUGGCGAAAUAGGUUAAGAUUAGGCUCGUCAGGUGACAAUCUGGCCCAUUGAUGAUAUUCUGCGCAAGGUCGUGUCUGCGGGGGUAAAGUACGUAUUGUUUUGAGGACGCGGCGACGAACUCUGUGGCUUGCAAUGCUGAUGUCGGGCGACAGGCUGGCUGGCACAGGCCAUGUUGCCGGUCUCACCGCGUACCAGCCGGUUUCGCGGACAUGAGACGAGCGCUGCCGCGGAAGCAGACGUCUCCAACUGUUGAUUCAUUCGUAUCGCGGUGUUCGAUGUGUUGCGUUGGAUGUCUGCUGUUGACGUUGAAGAGUAGCAGACAAGUUGUAACCUGUUCCUGUAAUUAUCGCGUAGGGUGAGUAAAUAUGCAGAUGUACAAAUGCUAUAAUACAAGACUCAGCUGUAA